AUGAGGACGAUAGUUUUAUUGUCGUCGUUAGUGAUUCUGUGCAGUGGAAAUAUUAUACGGGAGGAAAAUGAAAGGGAAUUGGAGUGGUGGGAAACGAGCAUCAUCUACCAGAUAUAUCCGAGGUCGUUCGCCGAUAGUGAUGGUGAUGGGGUUGGAGAUUUACCUGGGAUAACAUCGAAAUUGCAGUAUAUCAAAGAGCUCGGCGUCGGUGCCAUAUGGUUGUCACCAAUUUUCAAAUCACCAAUGUACGAUUUCGGUUAUGAUAUCGCUGACUUUUAUGAUAUCCAUGACGAGUUUGGUAAUAUGGAAGACUUUGAAGAAUUACUGGAAAAAGCCAAUGAACUCGAUAUUAAGAUCGUAUUAGAUUUAGUACCAAACCACACAUCAAAUGAGAGCAUGUGGUUUCAAGAAGCAUUAAAUGGAAAUGAGAAAUAUUAUAAUUAUUUUGUUUGGGAAGACGGCGUAAUAGAUAAAAAUGGAAAUAGACAACCACCAAAUAAUUGGCGAAGUCACUUCCGAGGAAGCGCUUGGGAAUAUAGGGAAGAAGUCGGGAAGUACUAUUUACAUCAAUUCGUAGUAGGACAGCCUGAUUUGAAUUAUCGCAAUCCAGACGUCAUUAACGAAAUGAAGGACAUCAUUCGAUUUUGGCUAGGAAAGGGAGUGGCCGGUUUUAGGGUUGACGCUGUGAAUUGUCUGUUUGAAGUGGACAAAGAACUUUUUGGCGGAAAAUAUCCAGACGAGCCACUGUCAGGAAGAUUGGACGUUGACCCUAAUUCUCAUGACUAUUUAAGUCACAUUUAUACAAAAGACCAAAAUGAGACUUAUUAUAUGGUCUACGAAUGGAGAGACGUUUUUGACGAAUUCAAAGAGAAGGAUGGAUUACAAAGAGUCAUGAUGACCGAAGUUUAUGCUUCUAUUCAGGAUGUUGUUAGGUAUUUUGGCGAGAGUGAUAAAAAAGGCGCCCAAAUGCCUUUCAACUUUGACUUAAUUACUGAUGUCGACGCCUCAUCCUCUGCAGCUGAUAUUAAAAGAGCUGUCGAUAAAUUUUUAACAUACAUGCCAGUUGACAAGAGUGCCAAUUGGGUGGUAGGUAACCAUGACCAGAGCAGAAUGGCCACUCGUUAUGGGUCAUCUUUAGUCGAUGGCAUAAAUAUGAUUGUGCUUCUACUGCCAGGUGUUGGUGUAACAUAUAUGGGUGAAGAAAUUGGUAUGGUAGAUGGUUUUGUUAGCUGGGAAGAUACAGUCGAUCCAUCAGGAUGUAAUACAAACGAUCCAAUCAAUUACGUCUCAGCUUCGAGAGAUCCUGAACGCACCCCAUUCCAAUGGAACUCAGAAAAAAAUGCAGGUUUCUCGGUCGCCGAUAAAACAUGGCUUCCAGUGGCUGAAGGCUAUCAAACACUGAAUGUAGAAGCACAGAAAGAGGCUGAAAGAUCUCAUUUAAAAGUUUACCAGGCAUUGGCUAAACUACGCCAAGAAAAGGAAUUCAGAUAUGGCAGAUAUGAUUCCUUGGCAAUCAAUAAGGAUAUUUUUGUUUUCCGUAGAUGGUAUAACGGAGAAACUUACUUAGUUUUGGUAAAUAUGAGAGAUGCUGAAUACGAAAUUGAUCUCAGAUAUUUUGAAAAUGUAAGUGGCGAGGCCAGGGUUGUUGUUAGAAGCAUUCAAUCUCCCAAAAACGAAGGGUUGGUAACACUAGUUUUGCUGCCGGUAGUAUUUGUUUUGGCUAACUGCCAAAAUGAAAGGGAAUUGGAAUGGUGGGAAACAACGGUUUUCUACCAGAUCUAUCCCAGAUCCUUUAUGGACAGUGACGGUGAUGGUAUUGGAGAUCUCAAAGGAAUAACAUCCAAACUGGAAUAUCUAAAGGAACUUGGAAUUGGAGCGACCUGGUUGUCUCCGAUGUUUCAAUCUCCUAUGUACGAUUUUGGAUAUGACAUUUCCGAUUUUUACAAAGUUCAUGACGAAUAUGGAACUAUGGAAGAUUUCGAUAAUUUAAUCAAGAAGGCGAAUGAACUAGAUAUUAAAAUUGUACUCGACUUUGUACCAAAUCAUAGCAGUAACGAGAGCUUCUGGUUUGAAGAAGCCUUGAAAGGCGAUGAAAAGUAUUAUGACUAUUUUGUGUGGGAGGACGGAGUAAUUGAUGAAAAUGGUCUUAUGUAUCCACCGAAUAACUGGAACAGCGUUUUUCGCAAAAGUGCCUGGGAAUACAGAGAAGAAGUAGGAAAAUACUACCUUCACCAGUUCGUAAUUGGUCAACCAGAUUUAAAUUAUCGUAAUCCAGAUGUGGUAGAAGAAAUGAAAAAUGUUAUUAGGUUUUGGUUGGAUAAAGGUGUUGCUGGUUUUAGAGUAGAUGCUAUUGCUCAUUUAUUCGAAGUUGAUAAGAAACUGUUUGAUGGCAAGUACCCAGAUGAACCUUUGAGUGGACAGAGUACCGAUGACCCACAAAAUUAUGAUUAUCUUGAUCAUAUCUACACAAAAGAUCAGGAAGAGACCUUUGACAUGGUUUACCAAUGGAGGGAAGUAUUUGAUGAAUAUAAACAAAAAGAUGGUUUAACUAGAGUAAUGAUGACAGAAGCUUAUUCGAGUCCACAAAUCACUAUGAAGUAUUUUGGUAAUGGAGAAAAGGAAGGUGCUCAAAUGCCAUUUAAUUUUGUCCUUAUAUCUGACGUGAAUGGAAAAUCCACUGCUGCUGAAAUGAAGUACGCUUUAGACAAAUUUCUGACUUUUAAGCCAAUGGACAAAUUAGCAAACUGGGUGGCCGGGAAUCAUGACAAUAACAGGGUCGCUUCAAGAUUCAGUCCCGAGUUAGUAGAUGGUAUAAAUAUGAUUGUAUUGUUACUUCCAGGAAUCGCCGUAACAUAUAUGGGCGAAGAAAUUGGUAUGGUUGAUGGCUUCGUUAGUUGGGAAGACACAGUUGAUCCCAGCGGUUGUAAUACGGAUGAUCCUAUAAAUUAUGUAUCAGCCUCGCGCGACCCAGAACGGACUCCUUUCCAAUGGAGUUCAGAAAAGAAUGCAGGAUUUUCUUCCGCCGAUAAAACUUGGCUGCCAGUCGCUGAGGGCUAUGAAAAUUUAAAUGUCGAAAUACAGCGCAACGUGGAGAGGUCACAUUUGAAUGUUUAUAAAAAAUUAGUUAAAUUGAGAGCAGAACCUGCAUUUAGGUAUGGUAGAUACGAAUCGGCUGCUUUUAACGCAGACAUCUUAGCGUUCAGGAGAUGGCACGAUGGCGAUGUAUAUGUGGUUGUGAUUAAUUUACGUGAACAAGCCUACACAAUAGACCUUUCGUACUUCGAUAACGUUUCCGGUGGUCUCGAGGUUGUUGUUAAUAAUAUUCAAUCAGAAAAGAAUAUCGGUGAUGUUCUUCAAGCUGAGAGCCUGAGCGUAGCUGGAAAUGAAUCUUUAGUGCUCAAAUUAGUCAAGUGA